CACACACACACUACCCAGCCUUCUUUCUCUCCCUCUUUUUAUACAAUCUGACCCAUAGCAUGACCUUGCAAUAGUUGAGAUUUGAUUUGUGGCAUUAUGGAUCCCUCCUCAACCAGCCAGGACAGCCAGUCUUAAGGAACACCUUGUAAACUAGUAUUGUCUGGAGUACAGUACAGCACCCCUGUCUGUUGUUGUCACGGUGCCAGAGGGAGAGCUAGGAGGCUCCUCUUCGCCCCCGUCCAUCUGCCCCCUCCCUGGAGCAUGCAGGAAGGGUGGACAGAGCAGAGCUGAGCUGAGGGAGAGCCUGGAGCCUGGCCCUGCCUAGAGGAGUGGAGGGACUUAGAGGAGAUACACCUGAGCAGGCAUACGGAGUAGAGCGACCAGCACAUCCAGCAGUAUGGGGGCAUCUUAUUCAAAGAAGAAGACGUAUAACAUCAACCAACAGCAGCAGCAGCAGCAGUGUGUGAAAAACGGAAAGCACAGGAAUGGCAGAGCGUCAGCCUAUGCGGACCUGCAGUGGGAGCAGCAGCCCAGGCAGGAUGGGGGCCACCCACCUCAGGACUACCCUCACAGGGACCACCCCCCCGUGGCUGGCUAUGUCCCCCAGCCAGAUUACAUGGAGGGAGAUGAUGAUCUCAUCAAGCCCAAAAAGCUCCUUAAUCCAGUGAAAGCCUCCAAAAGCCACCAGGAGCUCCACCGAGAGCUGCUCAUGAGCCAGAAACGGAGUGGCGGUGUUGGGAUGGAGUCUAAGCCGGAGCUGCAGCGUGUCUUGGAGGCCAGGAAGAGGGAACAGAUCAUCAAGCAGAGGAAGGAGGAAGAUGAGGCCAGAAAGAAGAUCUCCCCUCUGGAACAAGAGCUCCUCAAGAGGAAGGAGAAGCUAGAAGAGCUGGAGAAGGAGCAGGGGAAAAAAGAGGAGACUGUGAGAGCCCCAGAGUUUGUCAAGGUCAAGGAGAACUUGAGACGGACGUCCUUUCACAAUAAUGGAGAGAAAGAGGUGUAGGGACAAACCGGUCCAAGUAUACCAUUGAGUUGGAAUCUGCUGAAGUUUGUACACUUGUGUGUAUUAUGCGUGUGAGUGGACACAGAACAGCUGUGUUGUGUUGCUCUGACUGCACCACUCAAGACAACAGCAAGGAACUUCUACCUACAAGGACUGGUCGGCAAGCCAUGACACAAUGCCUUCACUAACCCACUCAGAGCAGAGACACAGCGGGAGAGACAGAGAAGGAAGGUUGACUCUGCAAUGGCUACUGUUACAGGGAUAGGUCAAACUGUAUCUGUGAUAUCUCAAUCCAGAGUAACUGACAUGAGAGUGAGUGUUAGGGUCAAAAAGGACAACCUGGACUCGGGGGUAGACGUAACAUAGUAAACGUAAUUCUGGGACACGCCAAAUAGUAUGAUAUGUUACAUUUCGUAUGGUAUGAAUUAGUUUGUGGAUGUCCGUCAUGCAUUUCGUAUGAUAUAUUACGAAUGACAAUUCAUACGAUAUGUUACGGAUUGUAAUUUGUACAAUAUGUUAAGAAUUUGCUGAACAUAUGAUACGAAUUCCAAUUUGUUUUCGCUAACGUUAGCUAGGUGGCUAGCGUUAACUAAGCUAACGGUUAGGGUUAGGGGUUAAAGAUAAGCUUAGGAGUUAGGUUAAAGGGUUCGGGUUAUGGGAAGGGUUAGCUAACAUGCUAAGUAGUUGCAAAGUAGCUAAAAAGUAGUAAAUACCUGCAAAGUUGUUAAUUAGCUAAAAUGCUAAAUGUUGCCCAUGAUGAGAUUUGAAUACACAACCUUUGGGUUGCUAGACAUUCGUGUUAUAGGCCUACUCAUGCAUCCCGACCAACCACCCUACUUUUGUUUUGACCUUAAGUAACCUUCUGUCUUAUGGAACCAUACCAUACCAAACAUAACAUAUCAUACAAGUGUCAAAUGUACGUUUACUAUGUUACUUCUAGUCUAUAAGAUCAGGCUGAAGAAGAGGGGAGAAGCUAUUCACUAGUGGAUGUAGUGUUCCGUACUGCAAUGACUCUAGAAACAAGGACACGUAAGGUGUUAAGAGACAAAGCCAAAGUUGGUUGUUUUUCUCAAGUGUGUAACAAAGCAGUGGUCACUUUUCAUCUUAGGCUGUGUAUAUCCAAUAGUAAUUCUCUAGGUUACCGUAUAAGAAGCACACUGUACCUGCACACACAAUCAGUACAGAUUGUUAAUAACAGUAAACAAUCAAAUGUUCCUCCUACUAAUGGCAUUUAUCUGAAAUUCAAGGUCACAUGUCUCAAUGUGAAAUCUCUCACUGAGAAAGCACCUAUCUCUAACAGUGCCUUCCUACCUCUAGCUGCAUGUCAUCCUAAUCAAAAAGUUCAAACCAACGCUAUCUUUAUGAAAUGGUGGUGCGUGUAUCGCUUAUACCAACGGUAUACUAUCAAACCACAUGAUCUGAGGAAUCAGAUAAGAGUAUUUGUACAGUAUGUAGGUGAGUGUGAGUGGUUGUGUGAAUGCAUGUUGAAGACACAAGAGACUGACAGAUAUGGCGGUCCUUUGUAGCUCAGUUAGUAGAGCAUGGCGCUUGUAACGCCAGGGUAGUUUAAUUCCUGAGACCACCCAUAUGUACAAUGUAUGUGCGUGUGAGAUUGUAUAAAAGCAUCAGCUAAAUGGCAUACGUUUUAUUAAAGAUUUUUCUCUAACCCCAUUUCACCAUUUUUUUGUAACAUAUACAUGUUUUGAAAAGGGAUAUUUAUGUUUUGUGCUUAAGGUCUGAGACCAGGUAGAUAUUCUCACAUUUGUAAUUGCAUCACAGCGCUUUUUAAAUAGUAUUAUGUAGCGAUACAAAAUCAAAUGCAAUCAUUUGAAUCUUAUUUCCAUAAGGCACUUUAGAACAUUGAAAUUAUGUAUCUGAACAUUUAUUUUACCAAUCAAUUAUGCAUUUGUCAUUUUUGAAAUGUCUUUAAUAUGUUUUUAUCCUGAUUGCAUAUAGAUGGCCAUUUGUAUUUUGGUGUUUUUUGCACCAAAUAUUGUUCUACUUGUAUGAAAUAUCUGCCUUUACUGACUCCUGAAGCCACUUAAGAUGUUUAAUAUUACAAAACUGCACAUGUUAUAAACAUGAAUACAUUAUCUCAUUUCUUUUUCAGUCUCUUCAUUGCAUAGAAGCAUGAAUAUAUUAAUGUAUGAAUAUUUCAAUAGCUUUCACAAUGACAGAAUGAUUGUUAUGAAUAACAAAGGUUUGUACUUCAAAUUACUAUGGUACAUGUUUGAGAAGAGAGGUACAAAGAGUUGGAGAAAAUUGUAUUCCUUUCUAAGAAAAUAAAUAAAGGACAAACACUGCA